AUGGGUACAAAUGAGCCGGAGAUACUGAGGUCUAUUGAAGAUCGACACAAAGCAUUCGUACGGUUCAUCAAUACAACACCAUAUCCGAUUGAUGUUCUAUGGAUUAAUUACCACGGACAGGCUGUGCGUUAUAGUAUCCUGCAACCUCUGGGUACAUUAGAUAUCAAUACAUUUGCUACUCACCCAUGGAUAUUUGUCGAACAUGAAACAAGAGACAGAUUUAUAGCUGAGGGUAAGGACGUUUUCUUCCCGCAGCCUUGGUUCACUCGGUACUUAGGUAUGUCACGAGAUCAGUUGCCUGAACACAUUUCAAGGGUUGAAGUUCAUAUCACACUACCCAUCUAUUCGCUACGCGAUAUUUCCCUCAGAGCGAUAAAACGACUUUUGCGUCACGACUUACACGCUUUUAGUCUGGAUAUACCCAAGAGUUUGCAGUGCGAGUUGGCUUCAAUGCUACCCAGGAAAGAUACUUCUGGAGAUACCUGA